UUGGUGUGUGUGUGUGUGUGUGUGUGCGUGUGAAUCAAAUUCAGAAUUACAGAUUCUGUUCUUACUUCAUGUUUUGAUGAUUGUGUUUCGAUUCUGGGCUGAGAAACUGGACUAUGGCGAAUCUCCCCCUGCGCUUUCCCAACCAGUUCAGGGGCUUCUCUGUAACGGCUUCAUCUACUAAUGGGGCUCCUUUUAAUACGCCUAAAUCUGGAGGGCCAGUUAUUCUUGAACUUCCGCUAGAGAAGAUUAGGAGACCACUUAUGCGUACCAGAGCUAAUGACCCAGAGAAGGUGAAGGACCUUAUGGCGAGUAUUCAAGAAAUUGGGCUUCAAGAACCAAUUGAUGUGCUAGAGGUUGGUGGAAUCUACUAUGGUUUCUCUGGUUGUCACCGCUAUGAGGCGCACCAGCGCCUUGGACUCCCUACAAUCCGUUGUAAAAUUCGAAAGGGAACAAAAGAAACUUUGAGGCAUCACCUUCGCUGAGUUACAACUCUCAAAAUGGCAUCAUAUUGUUGUUCUCACCUGUUCAAUGCUUUGCAUUUUGUGGAACUUCAUUGAAUUGGUUCUGUUGUGCUAUGUUUGCUGAUAUAUAUAACCUGAAAUUGUAGUAAGUUUUGGGCAAGGUUUUUGUCUGUUUGUAUCUAGAUUUAUAAGUCUUUUAACUGUAAUCCUUUCCAUCCAACUGUUCGAAUUAGCCAGUAAGACGAUUGAUAUCAAUAAAUCCUUUUCUUCUUAUGCUAAAA